UUCACGCCCAAACUUUCUGCACUAAUCAAUUCUUCUUAGAUACAGAGGAAAAAAAAAAUCUUCAAAUAAUUCUUUUCAAUAGUUUCAAGAGAAAAUGUCUGAACAACAACAACAAGUAGAAGAUCUGAACGCAGCACCAGCAAUGGAGGAGGUAGUUGAACAACAACAACAACAACCACAACCAGAAGAAGAAGCACCUGUUGCAACCGAAGGUGCUGAGAAACCAGAGAAACCAGUGAAAGAGAAGAAACCCAGAGCUCCUAAGGCUGCUUCUUCUCAUCCAAGUUACUUUGAGAUGAUUAAGGAAGCUUUGGUAGCAUUGAAUGAGAAGAGUGGAUCUAGUCCUCAUGCUAUUGCUAAGUUCAUUUCAGAGAAACACAAAGAUUUACCAUCAAAUUUCAACAAGAUGUUAGGGGUUCAAUUAAAAAACUGUACUGCUAAUGGGAAAUUGACUAAGGUCAAGGCUUCUUUCAAACUUUCUGAUGGUGCAAAGAAAGCUGUGAAAUCUGCUGGUGCUGGGAAGAAGAAACCAGUCAAAUCUGCUGCUGCUGUUUCCAAAUCUAGAGGUGUUAAGAAAGCUGCACCUAAGAAAGUUGGUGCUCCUUUGAAGAAGAAAACUGCUGCAGGAGUUAAACCUAAGCAGGUGAAAUCAAUCAAAUCUGCAUCUGCCAAGGUUGUUCCAAAGGGGAAGAAACCAGUAUCUGCUAAGGCUUCUGAUCCUUCUCAUCCUACUUACUUUCAGAUGAUUAAGGAAGCUAUACUGGCUUUGAAAGAGAGAUCUGGGUCAAGUCCAAUUGCAAUUGCUAAGUACAUGGAAGAGAAACACAGUAAAAUUUUGCCUGAAAACUAUAAGAAACUUUUGGCUGUUCAAUUGAAGAAAUGUGUUGCUAGUGAGAAAUUGAUCAAGGUUAAAGCUUCUUUCAAGCUUUCUGAUGCAGCAAAGAAAGAAGUUAAAGCUGCUCCUAAAGCUGUUGCUGAGAAGAAGAAACCAGAAACUAAACCUAAAGCUGCUGCUGUUCCAAAAGCCAAGGCUGGAAAGAAACCUGCAACUACUGCGGCUCCUACAAAGAAGAAGGCUGCAACUGCUGUUGCUAAGAAAGCUGGUUUGAAGAAGCCUGCAGCUGCUGUUGCAAAGAAAGCUGGGUUGAAGAAGAAGCCUGCUAGUGUUGUUGCUAAGAAAGCAGCAGCUGUGAAGAAGCCUGCUGGCGUUGUUGCUAAGAAAGCAGGUUUGAAGAAGCCUGCUGCUGUUGCUGCAAAGAAAGUUGAUCUUAAGAGGAAGGCAAAGGCAGCUACUCAUGUUAAACCUAAACAACCCAAGUCCAUCAAAUCUCCUGCAGCUAAGAGAGCUAGAAGAGCUUAAAUCAGAUUGUUUAUGUGUUCUUAGUUUUUAGUCUGUGGUUGUAGAUGUCAAAUACAUAUAUAUUAGUCUGUUUUCGUCCUUAAUUGUUGUUUAGUCCUGCAACUCUUGUUUAGUAUUAAUGGAAGAAGGUAAACAAUUUUCAAGAUUCUGUUUACGGUUCUACAUUUCAAUGGACUACUUAUGAUAUGUAAUUUCACAAUCAAGGUAUAAUGUUCACUAA